AUGAGUGCAAGUUCAUCAAACGCGGAAUGGCUCAACUUGAUUCGACAAUGCGUCUCUGAUGGGUUGGGUGUGGCAGAAGAAGACGUCGAGGAGGAUGUGCCAUUCGCGCAGAUUGGUCUGACCUCUGCUGGUGCUCUUGUUCUUCGCGAUAUCGUGCUGAAGGAACUGCAUGUGACGCCCGACCGGCUGCCCUUGACUUUGGCCUUCGACUUCCCCACGCUGCGAAAGCUGACGACUUUCUUGCAGGACGCUCAGGGACAGCCGGCCUCGUCUACGGAGCCAGUAUGGCAGACAGGAGCUGUCGAGUCCCUGUUUCGGCAUGUUGGAGUGCAGUGCAUCACAGCCUCUCUGGCAGACGGCAGUCACCAUCAGCAGUUCUUGCAGACAGCUGUCAUAGGCUGCGAUGCAGCCGUGGAGACACCGUUGGCAAGAUGGGAUGUGAACUCGCAUUGUCAGAUUAACGACACCGUAUCUGUGACUCGCCAUGGGUCUUUUCUGACAGAGAUCGACCUCUUCGAUGCAGCUCACUUUGAGAUCAGCUUUGCCGAGGCAGCUGUUAUAGACCCGGGGCAGCGCCUGGUCCUCCAGUGUGCAGGCGAAGUGCUGCCACAGACAGACGCACGUGACCGCUCGGCUAGCUGCGCAGUCGUCGUUGCGCAGUUUCACAACGACUGGUCUCUGCUCAUGGGAUCUUGCAGUGGGACUUCGCCAAGCUCGCAUGCAAGUGCAGCUGUUUGUGCCUGCAUCGCAGCCAAUCGGGUUUCCUUCAGCUUCGACCUGCAUGGGCCCAGCUUCGCCGUAGAUACCGCCUGCUCCUCGGCCCUCGUGGCAGAGCCUCACCAGCAUUGGCCGCAGCAGUCAACCUCCUGCUGCACCCUGCAGUCUUUCGAUACCAUAGCAGCUCAGGAUUGCUUUCGUGCAGUGGCCGCUGUCGCAGCUUCGAUGCCAGCGCAGAUGGCUACGGCCGGGCAGAGGCCGUGGGAGCUCUUUAUCUCGGCUCAGGGGGACCGAAGCUUGAAGCUGCAGCAGUCGUUAGCUCCGGCCGCGGUGCGAGCCUCACAGCGCCCAGCAGUCGCGCGCAGCAGGAGCUUCUGCAUGAAGCUUUGGAACAAGCACGCCUACCGCUGCGGAGUCGGAGGGGUCUCAUCCUUCGGAUUUGGCGGCACCCUGGCUCACGCCUUGCUCUCCUUCGGAGCGACGGCUGCAGCGCAGCCGGCGCCACCUGCCUUUCGCAAAGCUCUGUUUCGCUGGUCAGCGCACCGUCAUCCCUUUCUUGAGACAUUGCGGCAUGUGUCCACUUCUGUCUGCUACAGGGUGCGAGUCACAGAGCCCAGGAUCUUGGCGCUGUUGAAUGACCACGUGAUAUUUGGCGAAAUCGUUGUGCCGGCGGCUGCUUUUCUGGAAUUUUUCGUUGCCGGUCUUGCUGCGCAACGCGAGGGUGCCUCGGUAGCCCUGGGAGGCCUCGGCUUCUUUGCACCGAUGGUGCUUGCCCCGGAUUCCGAGGAGGUGGCCAUGGAACUUUCGAUUGACGGCGAUGGGUCCUUGGAGAUCUCCAGCCACGUCUGGCCCAGGUCCCAGGUGUGCCCUCCUUUGUCCUUCGCAUGCGCUUCGCAAGCCUUGUGCUCCUGUAUGUGUCUCUGCACUUCCCAGACGAAAUGUGCCAAAAGAUUUUGUCAUGCACGUGCAGCUCAGAGCAUUUCGUAG